GGAAUGUGAAGGGGUGGGUGGCAGAGGUCUUAUGGUGAAUUGGCUACAUUUGCAGGGAAGGCUGGUUCACUGACGUAGGCUGGUCUGAUAAAUCAGGUGGAUCUUGGGGACAGUGAGACUCCCGCUGAUUUACUGUGUCUUGGGGAGAAGGCACCUGCGUGGGGCUGGGGAUUCAGAAAACAUAUGGGUACACUCUGGGCCCUUAAGGAAGACUGUUCUAAGGAUUCCUGCUAAGCUUCCUGUGCCCAGAAAUACCUCCCCCUGGUCGCUGAGGACCCAGCCUCUCAUGGACCUCUGAGUCCUGAGGAACUUUGGGCCUGAGUAUCUUAGGGAAUCAAAUGACCCUCAGGCUGAGAAGCAGGCUCUCCUGCCUGCUCCCAGUUCCUCUGACUCCUCUCUCUCCCUCAGACCCCACCCAGCGCUGAGAUCUGCCCAUCCCUGUCCCAAACACUCCCCUGGUGUGGCCUGGAAGCCUAUGCCAAGCAAGGGCUGCAAAACAAAGUCCCCAUUCUGAGCCGAGAGGGGAAAACAGUAAACAAGUGGAGCAGGCCGGCCGGCACAGCACGGGUGGGGGAUCUUUCCCCGGUUAGCUGAUGUGGAAUGUCAGAGGCUGAAAGGAAAGUCGGAGCCACAAGAGGCCGGCCUUCGUGGGGAGUAAUUCACAGAGCUACUACCAGGGCAGGGGAUUAGGAGCGGUGCCUGCCAGCCCAGUGGGUAUGAUGUGUUAUUGUCGAAAACACCACGUGAAAUCCUUGUUUGUAUCGGCCCCUGAGCAUGCUGCUAAUUUCGAGGAAUUAAACUAAUGCCGUACGUGGCUCCACAGAGAAUCGGAGGGAAUUACAGCCUGGAGUGUGAGACCUAUGAGAAGUGCUGCCCCAACGUGUGCGGGACCAAGAGCUGUGUGGCAGCCCGCUACAUGGACGUGAAAGGGAAGAAGGGCCCGGUGGGCAUGCCCAAGGAGGCCACGUGUGACCACUUUAUGUGUCUGCAGCAGGGCUCUGAGUGUGACAUCUGGGACGGCCAACCCGUGUGUAAGUGCAAAGAUCGCUGUGAGAAGGAGCCCAGUUUUACCUGUGCCUCGGACGGCCUCACCUACUAUAACCGCUGCUACAUGGACGCCGAGGCCUGCUCCAAGGGCAUCACGCUGGCCGUUGUCACCUGUCGCUAUCACUUCACCUGGCCCAACACGAGCCCCCCACCCCCUGAGACCACUGUGCACCCCACCACGGCUUUUCUGGAGACCCCUGGGCUGGACAUGGCGGCCCCAGCUUUGCUCAACCACCCUGUGCACCAGUCGGUUACCGUGGGCGAGACGGUGAGCUUCCUCUGUGACGUGGUGGGCAGGCCCCGGCCUGAGAUCACCUGGGAGAAGCAGCUGGAGGAUCGGGAGAAUGUGGUCAUGAGGCCCAACCAUGUGCGUGGCAACGUGGUGGUCACCAACAUUGCCCAGCUGGUCAUCUACAACGCCCAGCUCCAGGAUGCCGGCAUCUAUACCUGCACGGCCCGGAAUGCUGCUGGAGUCCUACGCGCUGACUUCCCGCUGUCGGUGGUCAGGGCAGGGCAGGCUGCAGCCACCGCGGAGAGCAGCCCCAAUGGCACGGCUUUCCCCGUGGCCGAGUGCCUGAAGCCCCCCGACAGUGAGGACUGCGGUGAGGAGCAGACACGCUGGCACUUCGACACCCAGGCCAACAACUGCCUCACCUUCACCUUUGGCCACUGUCACCGCAACCGCAACCACUUUGAGACCUAUGAGGCCUGCAUGCUGGCCUGCAUGAGUGGGCCGCUGGCCGUGUGCAGCCUGCCCACCCUGCAGGGGCCCUGUAAGGCCUACGCGCCACGCUGGGCCUACAACAGCCAGACGGGCCAGUGCCAGUCCUUUGUCUACGGCGGUUGUGAGGGCAACGGCAACAACUUUGAGAGCCGUGAGGCCUGCGAGGAGUCCUGUCCCUUCCCUCGGGGGAACCAGCACUGCCGGGCCUGCAAGCCAAGGCAGAAGCUCGUGACCAGUUUCUGUCGGAGCGACUUUGUCAUCUUGGGCCGCGUCUCCGAGCUGACCGAGGAGCCCGACUCGGGUCGUGCCCUGGUGACUGUGGACGAGGUCCUGAAGGAUGAGAAGAUGGGCCUCAAGUUCCUGGGCCGGGAGCCACUAGAGAUCACUCUGCUCCAUGUGGACUGGACCUGCCCCUGCCCCAACGUGACGGUGGGAGAGACGCCGCUCAUCAUCAUGGGGGAGGUGGAUGGCGGCAUGGCCAUGCUGCGGCCCGAUAGCUUCGUGGGAGCGUCCAGUACCCGGCGGGUUAGGAAGCUGCGCGAGGUGGUGCACAAGAAGACCUGCGACGUCCUCAAGGAGUUCCUGGGCUCACACUGAAGCCCCCCCCCUCCCACCCCACCCCUUCCCUGGCCCUCUCUCCUGCCUAUCUACCCUGACACCCCUCAGUUAACAAACUGGGCAAGCUCAGAUUCGACAGUCUUAGGCCGGCAGAGACCCAUAAUCCGGGCAUCAGGAAAAAGCCACCAGAAAGUCUUAGACCAACUUCUACUCUUUGGGUUCAAUAAGGGGUCCGUAUCUUUUUAGCUGAGGGGCACAAAAGGAGACGUCCAUAGACACCUGCAAGUUAUUCCUGAUGACCAACCAGUCUGCUGGGGCAUUAUUAUCCUCUCUUUGCUGGCCACCUCUCUCCCCUGGCUCUCCCAGCCAGCUACCCCCAGCCAGUCUCCCAGCCAGUGUUCUAGACAGUGGUGGCUGCAAGGUGGUCACAGGAAUCAUGGAAUGAAUUGCUUUGCAAAAGGCGUAGGUGGGGAGAGAAAGGAGGGUCCAGGGACUCAUCAGACAGAUUCCCCAUGGCCCCCUAGACCACUGUGAGCAGAGACAGCUCCGUGUUCAGGGUGGUGGGAAUUGGGGAGCAGGAGGCAUGGUCCAGCCCAGCACACAACGUGCCCUGAGUGGAGGCAGCUGGGCAGGUACCCUUGGGUGGUGGUCAGCCUGAGCUUCGGUCAAGUUAGCCCAGCGGCCUCUGAAGCCACCACGGCACCAAGAGAAAACAUUUUUCUUAUGUUUCAUCUUUUUGGCUUUAUUGGUUUAUUGAUUGUUGAUUUUUUUUAUUCAGUUCUGUUCAGUCCAACUCAACGGACAUUUUUCUGAACAUGUACUGGGUGCCAGGUGUUAGGACCACAGAGAGCUGUUAGUCACUGCCCAGCUCCUAGUGACUGAACACAAAUGUCCAGAUCCCGGUGUUCCCAGGAAGAGGACCCUUGGCUGACCCUCCCAGCUGUCAGAUGGUCCCUUUUGACAGUGUGCUUUCAUCUGCCACUGGCUUCCUUGGACAUAAAGCAGAUAGAAGCCCCAGGAUCUGUUUUGGUAGGAAGAGAAAGAAAGGGAGAGGGAAAGCAGGCAGAGAAGGGGUUGGUGGAGGAAUGAAAACUGGAGGCAGGCUUGGGCAGGGAAGGCGUGCUGCUCAAUGCUCCCACCUGGUGGUGGCCUCAGGAGCUGCAGGGACCUGGAGGGAGGGUCUAGGUGAGGCCCGGGGUGGCAGGUUUGGGGGUGUGGCAGCUUGUUGGUGAUUUUUGUUUCUGGACUUCCUGUGCAGGUCCAGCCACCCCACCGCUAGAUAAAGGAUUUGGAAAACCCAUUGUCAGUUCUACAUCUGCCCCCGCCAGUCCCUCCUCAGCCCUUCCUUCUGCCCAUGUCCCUCCAAAGCUGAAGAAGGUCAUUUUGGGGCAUCCUUGUUUUUCACUCAAAUGUAGGGAGGAGGAUACCAAUUAAAAGUUUAUAGUAUCAACACGC